AUGAUUGGAAUGUUCAAGUCCUUUGGAUUAUUCUUUGUCGAAUACCAGCGAAAGUUUUCAGCAACAUCAUCUGAAAUUUCUCUGGUUCUGUCUUUUCAAACAAUUAUUGCAUGCGCUGUUGGUUUAAUAAUCAUGGGGAUUGGAACACGAUACUUUGCAGAGCAGGUCUUUAUAGUUUGUGCUGCACUGUUUGGGCUCGCCUCCAGUAUUGGUAACGCAUACGCUACUGAGCUUUUGGUAUUAUUCCUCACGCAGAGUACUCUAUUUGCUAUCACAUCGCAGAGUGCUCAUAGUUCAUCAAAUCUGAUACUUGGUAAAUACUUUAAGAAACGCAGGGAAAGGGCAUAUACGAUUGCAAAUGUCGGUGGAAGCAUAGGAGGAAUGACUUUGCCUCCUUUAUUUGCUUUUUUAUUCGAGGAAUAUGGCCUGCAAGGUGCGCUCAUAAUAGCUGGAGGAAUUUUUCUUCACUUCAUACCUAUUGGGAUGUUGAUGAGACCCAUUGAAAGGGGGGCACAAGUAUUACUAGACACCGAAGAAAAAGAAAAAAGUCAUAAUAUAAAUGGCAGUGUGCAUUCUGAUGAAUAUUUUGCUUCAAAUAAAAGAAUAGAAGAAGAAAAUGCAAUUGAAGUGAAAAAGAAUUUAUUGAAAUCGGAUCAUCGUCAACGCUCAAGUUCUGAUGGAAAAUUGAAACCAGUUGAAAGUGACCUGUUAGGUAGUUCAGAUGACAUUUCAGUGACAAUAUCCACGGAUCGAGUACAUUUGGGAAGUUCCGGUUUAGAAAAUGAUAAUGAAAUUCGCAGGAAUUCACAAUUCAAGUUAUCAUCCUUAUUUGACUUUUCCUUGUUUAAGAAUUGUCAUUUCAUCCUAAUAAUGAUGUCAUCGCUGCUCGUGUCUGCUGCCUGCAUUAUUCCUAUUACUUACUUUCCACCUUUCGCAAAAGACAGAGGUUUACAAACGGAUUUAAUAGGAUACCUCGUAACAAUUUCAGGUACAAGUGAACUAGUAGGUCGACUUCUAUAUCUAGCUAUUGCUGAUAGCAAGAGAAUUGAAAGGCGUCACAUAAUGACCAUUGCAAUGGUUGUCAAUGGAAUCACAUGCUUUAUGGCAUUUUUCUCCACUAAUUUUACAUAUCUUGCAAUUUUUGGAGCCCUGCAGGCCAUGUUUGGAGGAGUCUACUUUUGUAUUAUAAAUGAUCUGGUAAUUGAUUUCAUUGGUUCGGACAAACAUAAAUACGGAAUAGCGUUUGGAACGGUGAUGAGGGGAACAUCAACAGCUAUAACCUCCUUCGUUGUCGGUAUCUUACGAGACUCCACGGGUAGUUAUGUGUCAGGAUUUGCUGUGAUGGGAGCAUGCUCAAUCCUAGGGGGCUUGAUUUUACUUUUCAAGCCAUGCAUGUCAUGA